AAGGAUCUGUGAAGUCGUCAAAAAUGUUUCUGUGAUGUGGCUGGAAAAGGUGCAGGGGCUACACUGCCUGGAUGGGCAGUGUGGCUGAUGUACUCUAAACGAAGGAUGAUUUGUAAAGGUAAUCUGCUUUAGAUGCACAGCCUUGUGAUCUGCAGUGGCUGCGUCGAAGUUCCACGUGGUCUGUAAGAAGAGCAUAUUAGUCUGAAAGCAGGGUUUGGCUCUGUCUAUUAUUUGGUCCACUGGUAGGAUAAAGACAUUACCUGUGUGAUGCUCUUUAUCUGGCUGUGAAAGGAGCUCAGUUUUAUACACUCAUAUGCCUCCCUGGAGACAGUCCAGAUGCAAGCGGCACUUGCUGGUAACCAAAGGACCCAGAAUUGCUUCAAAUAUCCAACUAAGUUUGCCCUGAAUUUGCUUUAAUAUCGCAUCAGGAUGAGCUCUUCCCAGGACUAAUGAGACAGCUCUCUAAGGCUUAGAAAUUCCAAUGGCAAAAAAAAAUCAAGGAUUUGUCUUUGACAGGGAGUUUCCAAUGAAUCUUGCCUAUCUGGUUUGACACUGCCACUCCCAGCUGUCUGCCCUGCCCCUGUGCUUAAGGUCAUUGCCUCGGUAGGGGAGUUGAUGAAACAGUGUUCACCUGCGACUCAGCCACCCCUGGACAGAGCACAGCAAAUAAAUAAAGCUACCGCUGAAUGUGGAUUUGUGCUAACAUGCUGGACUGGAUCAGGCCCUUCAACAGAAACCUGGAUCAGACAAUGUAGUAUAGUAAUAUUGCAGGCUAGCACCCUAAAAAUCCAAGUGUAUCAAGCAGUGCAUUCAAAACACUUUGUUAGGAAGGGGUGGCAAAACCUGACUCAUGUGGAGGAUCUUCCUUCUCCUGGCAGUCCUUGCUUCACCAGUGCCUGCCUCUUUGGGACAGAUAGACAGGAAAACUACUUAAGUUGUUCUGGUGCAAGAGCUCACAAUGAGCCCUGUCUUACACAAAACUGAAGCAGAGAGUUACUGCCCUGAGGAGCUUACAGUUGUAAAAAUGAAAACAAAAUGCUGUUCUGGCUUUGUGUUACUGUAGGAAUGAUGCUUUUUCAUUGCUAUUUGACCCGCCUAAUUAGUCUGAUAAUAGCCCAGUUCUGUCCUGGGUUAAAUCCUUCGUGUUUUGCAUGUAUGGGAGAAGAUGCAAAUACCUGGUUUUAUACCUCUUCUAAGACUGAUCCUCAACUUUGGGCUUCAGCCUGUGUCCUUUCCAAGCAGUAGACAUUUUCAUUCUUCCUCUGCAGCUGCUUUUUUUUCUUUUAAUAUCUUAGUGUAAGCUGAUGUGCUACUUGCAACAUUUUGAAUGCUUCAUCAGCCACAACUAAACUUCACGCUCCUUGUGCAGAUAGGCAGCCUGUGUCUCGUAAGCCCUACCCUGUUCACAGCAGUAAUAAAGGAGCAGGUUACAGCCGGAAGCAGUCUGUUUAGUUUCCCAGAUUGGUUUCUGUCAGGCCAUCCCAAGGAAUCCAGAAGUGCACCCAACCCAAUACCUGAAAUAGCACUUAGUCAUACAUGGAAGAGUCUCUUCAGUCAUACACACACAUGCUGAUGCUUUCCCUGUACCACUAAUGGACAUUUUUGUGGCUGCUGAGCUUUCUGCAUGUAAUUGGCCAUUUUAGUGACAGCCCAAUCACUUUCCCCUGCAAAGCCAUCCCCACUGCAGCUGUUGCCUCAGAGACCUCCAGGUAGGAGGGGUAGAAGGGGAAUCUAGAUCAGCUGACUGCAGGAAGCAAACCUAGCUGAAUCUGUCAUUGUGAAGAGGAAUGCUGUGUGACCUUUAAGUGGGCAGUGCACUUUUAGCUGUGUUGCUUACUGGCUGUCCUUGUCUUUGAAAAGGUGCUGGUAAACAAGGCAAGAUCAACUUCAAUUGUAGCCAUUCAAAGACUGAAGAGAGCUUGGGAUCUUCAAGAAAGAGAAUCAGCUUCUGUCUGUAGCAUGCCAUGAGGGUACAAGAAGAUUUUCUUUCCCUCAAAAUGUUUUGUAUGUGAACUAUCAGAUGUAGGCUCCAUCUCAACAAGAAUUCAAAACAAUGAUAACACAAGAUUGAACUCAGAUUAGCUUACAAGAGAGGUCCCCACUUAGUUAAAGUGCAUUUACUUGCAAUUGCUGUGGUUCAUGAGCAUCUCAAAUGCUGUAACAUGGUCAUGUGUCCAAGUGUCACAGCCAGAAUAUUUUUAAAGGCAAUGUAGGUGUUGAUCAUAACUAGGGAAAAAUUGCAUUAAAGGUUUAUUUUAUACGCCUUCAUAAACCUUCCAUUAGGAAAGCACAUGAACUUCCAUACAUUCUGAGUUACCUUGGUAUAAUCAAGAGGACAAAGUUCCUUUAAAGAAACAUUCUUACAUGGUAUCUGUAUACUAAACAGUACAGCCUUAUGCUAGUGAUGGUGCUGAGAAACAGCAAAGUUAACCAGAAGCUGUUUGUUAAAAAAAAAAAUUAAUUUAGUCUAUUGUCAUAGUCUAAGCUGAAAACAGCCAAAAAGUAAAUAAAAGCAAGUACGAUUUACUUCUUUGAAGAACUACAUAAAAAGAAGUUGUUCUGAUUGCUUUAUGUUGCCUUUUCUUUUGCACUAGUGAGCUGAGAAGUCAGAUGACAGCACUGGCCACAUCUUGCUUUGCUCCCCAUGAUCACACCGUGCUCAUCUGAAGCACUCUCAUGUGGUAGUAAUGUCCUUAUGUAUCAGAACCAACUCCACGUCAUAGGAGCUGCAGCUUACUCUUUUUCUGCUACUUGCAGAAUAAAUGCAGAGGCAACUUCUGUCAAGCAGUUUCAAGAGCCUGCUUUUUCCUGAGUGUUAAUAAUGUCUGCCUUAAAGCAUAGACAAAAAUUAUCUUUGCAUCACUCCAUAUUGAGGGAAUACAGAAGAGUGCCCAGCGUGGAGAAGAUCUGUCUCUUGGGCCAGAGGAGAGGCAUCUCAGGUCUUUGUGCUAUCACAGCUCAGCAGAAUAAAACAAAGCUUCCUCAUAGGGUACGUAAUUAAUCUGGAUUUCUAUGCUGUGGCUAAUUAUAGCUCUAGUUUAGGACACUCAGCUCAUGGCCUGUCCACCUAGAUCUUCCACCUGAACUUCUGUUUGAACUUAGUCUGUGUUUUUAACAGUGCUCAGAGCUCUGUCAGUGGGCUGCUCUCCUUUCUGAAGAGUGUUAGCAGGUUAUCAGUCCAUGAGCAAUGCCACGUCCUCAGCUGGUGCAGCUCUGGAUUUAAUUUUCUUAUUUUACUCACAAAGUUGAGAUUCCAGGAGGACAGGCAUGUCCUAUUAGCUCCUUACUAAACCAAAAAUGGCAUGUCCCUAGGGCUACAAUAGAUACACAUGGACCUGAUAAAGAAAGACCAUUUCUCCAACCUAGUGGGUGAGGCUUAGAGCCUCUGGGAGCAGCCUUAGGACAAGGUGUGAGCUGCAUGGCUUGCUAACUUCCAGGAGGCUGUUGCAUACAGGAACAGCAUGUGAAGGGGAGCAAGCCCUUACAUCACAGUUGUUACUGCAGCUUGGAUUUUGUCCUCUCAGAGAUGUGCACAGCCCACAGCUUGUCCACUGACACUUCUGCUGGAAAAUAUGAGGGAAGCAAAAGGUAAUAGUUGUUACCCUGUUACUGAUAAAGAUGAAAAGAUUAAUGUAUUUAAGAUGAAAAAGACUAAUGUAUUUAAGUCCAAAUACGUUGUCCAGCCCAAGAGUCCCUGUUUGUUAGCUAACCUGCAUGUCCCUUUUGUUCCAGAGUUGGCUCCUUCUGUCCCUGUCUGACAAAAUGUACUCAAAAGCUAACCUUGAACAUACUGGUACAUAGGAACCCCUCUGGGUGCAGCUCAGCAACUCAUCUCUUGUGUCUGAGUCGCAGGCAUGAGAGCAUAGGGGCAGGACACAGUGAGAGUUUGCUCUGCCUAAGCAAUCAGCCUCCAUUUGCUGUAGUAUUUCCUAGCCACAUGUGUCAAGUUACUGACUUGCUGAGAGGCUGGAUGUAGUUUCCUCUGUAUUUUUCCAGCCAUACAUUAGUUCUGCCCAGAAGAGUUUGUGCAGCAAGACAACGUGUCCGACUUCAUUUCUCAUUUGGAAGACCUACCUGUCUGCAAAAGACUUGCUCUGAGAUGCUCCCUGCAGGGAAAUUGGGAGUAGUGGACGGAAAGAAAGAAGUCUUGAUGAGCUCCUGAGAACUGUAUUCAGUGCUCCUCAGCCAGCAUGGAAAUUCCUAGAAGAAACUAAAGGAAGGACAUCUUGUCCUGUUCCCCAGAGGCCUCCGGCGACCUGCCCAGGAGCUGCCCUAUCAAAUGGACAAACCAGCUGAGACCCUCCAUCAUGAAGCAGAUCCAACCACUCCAGUCUCAUGAUUUAUGUGGAAAAAGCAAGGAGUUAGUUUUCACUUCCUGCACUCUCCGUGCCUUUGUCUCCGCUGGACGCGGCUGAAGGCACACCUGAGGGGUGAAGGAGCGGGGGGACGAGGGGACUCCCCGCUCCCAGCAUCGCUCUCACCGGAGACCGCCCAGGAGAGGAUUAAGGUCUCAAAGCGGUGAGGAUUGGGGCGCCAACAUGGCCAGAGGGAGUCCGGGUCCCCGGUUUGUUCUCUGGGUCUGCAUGGUGCUGGCAGUGGACUUCGGUGAAGGGCAGGAGGAAAAACCCUUCGGUGAGACGUGCUUGGAGGACUUUACGGCAGGAAUGCCGGAUUUGGUGCUGGAUACAGACGCCUCCGUCCAGAAUGGAGCCACCUUCUUGUCGUCCCCCAUGGUCCACCGGAGCAGGGACUGCAUGAGAGCCUGCUGUAAGGAGCCCACUUGUAACCUGGCUCUGGUGGAGCAGGGCCCGGGCACGGAGGAGGACCACAUCCAGGGCUGCUUUCUCCUCAACUGCCUCUACGAGCAGGCUUUCGUCUGCAGGUUUGCCAGGAAGAUCGGCUUUCUCAACUUCUUGAGGAAGGACGUGUACGACUCCUACCUGGCGAUGCAGGAUCACAGAUCUAGUGAUGACCAUCCUCCAAUAGCCCGCACUGGCAUGGACAUGAGGGUACAGCCGGGGGAGCCAGUGAUGCUGAGGGGCACAGAGAGCACGGAUGACCGAGGGAUAGUCAGCUACGAAUGGAAACAGAUCCUCGGCGAUCCCUCCGUGGAGAUGAAGAAGCACGAAGAAGAUCAGGUAGAAAUCUCCAAUCUGCAGGCGGGGACUUACGUCUUCCAGCUUACUGUCACAGACACUGCACAACAGCAAGACUUCACCAACAUCACCAUCAUGGUGCUGAAUUCUGAACAGACUGAAGAGCAUUGUUUGACUCCUAAGAAGGUGGGUUGGUGUCGGGGAUCUUUUCCACGUUGGUUUUACAACCCGACCCUUCAGCAGUGUGAGGAGUUCAUUUUUGGCGGUUGCAAGCCCAACAAGAAUAACUACUUACGGGAAGAGGAGUGUAAACUCGCCUGCAAGAAUGUUAGAGGUUCUGUUGGUGGGCGACAACAGCCAGUGUGCAAUGGGAAAUGUCAGUCCCCGUUCUUCAGAUGCAAGGAUGGCUGCUGCAUUGAUGCCUAUCUGGAGUGUGAUGAAACUCUUGACUGUGCUGAUGGAUCGGAUGAGAUGUAUUGUGAACAAUAUGCUCGUGAGUUCAAUAGACUGCAGAAAAUCAAUGUCACACAUAAGCAAGGUCACUGUGUGGACUUGCCUGACACUGGACAGUGCACCGAGAGCAUCCCCCGCUGGUACUAUAACCCAUUCACUGAGAAAUGUGACCCCUUCACCUACGGGGGGUGUGGUGGCAACGACAACAACUUUGAAGAAGAGGAAGAGUGCAUGAAAUCAUGUUCAGGCAUCACAAAAGCAGAUGUCAUUGGCCGGAGAUGGGAAUCAUUUGAGUCCCAAAGUGCUAUCUUAAGUGCCUUUGAGGUGGUGAUUGCUGUGCUCCUUGGGAUCUGCAUCAUGGUGGUCCUGGUGAUCAUCGGCUACUUCUUCCUGAAGAAGAGGAAGAAGAACAGCCGCCGCCGGCAGCCGACUACUGCUACCAACUCAACCCUCUCCACCACAGAGGACACUGAGCAUCUGUUUUACAGCAGUGCCACUAAACCUGUCUGACCUGCAGCCUCACUCUCUCCAGACCAGCACAGGGGCACUCCCCAGAACUUCUGGAGUUCUGUUUUUAGACACUGGCCUGUGCCUGAAGGACUCUUCCUCCUGGAAGACAUUUGUAGCAUCAGGCCAAGAUCUAGCCAUCAUUUGGCAGUACUAGUGUUUGUGAUUGUUUUGGCUAAAUGGCUGCUCUGAAAAGUGAGGAUCGGGAAGCAUUUUGAUGCUCUCUGAUGUCUAUCCCUUCCUAACCUCAAACAGCCCAGUGAAACUCUGAAUUACGUCUUUCUUAAUGCUCAAACCCAGAGCACAACUCUACUCAACUUACUGAAGGACCCUGGGACUGGAUCUCUGUAGCAUUCGCAUGGGUGAAUGGUGAAAGCUCACCAGAGCCAGCAAUUUUUUAUUAUCAGUGCCACUUUCUUCCACCAAAGCUUGUAUUUUCCUCCCAUUCUCCCAGUCCUCUGCAAGGUGGCCCUGCCUCCCAGCAGUCCUCCUGGUCAGGGUGAGCCUCUUGAGGGCUGUGAGAUUCGCGUAACCAUCCAGACCUGUUCCAAGGGCUCUAUGAUACUUUCCAGUAGUUUCUGUUUUUGAGAUGGAAGGAAACAGAAAUACCUGCUUUAAUCACUAGGCUUUGCUUUUUAACAGAAAAGCACACCUAGAUUCUUUUUUUGCCUGGCUGCCAUGUUACAGCCUCCUAUGUACAGUAUGUGUCCACUAUUUUCUCUCUGUGAGAUGCCCUGCAUGCUUUUCCAGUGUUCAGUCUCAACCCAAACACAUUGAGAAAAUAUCUAUUUAUUCUCACAAGAAAAGAAAUGUUGCUACUUUCCCUGUUGAUUAUGAGGGGAGGGUGGAAGGACCCAGCUCCCUUGCAGCUGGAUCUUUGCUGCAGCUUUGAUUUCACCAUGCUUCCCUCUGAGCACGCAGCCUGACCUGAGUCCCUGGCAUCUCCCAGAGCACGGGAGUGGGCUGGAAACUGUAGCUGAUGUCCCUGGGCAUCCUUGCUCCAGCUGGUCUGUCCCUCCUGGUGCAAGAUGAGCCCAGCCAUGGGAGGUCCAGAGCUCAUCCCUGGCCCCAUGGCAGCCUGUGACAUCCCCAUUCGGGUGAGCUCCCAUGUGUUUCCCUGGUGAGGUGCUUCCCAGAUCGGUACCGCUGCGUCUCUGUUGUCCAGGCUUAUACCUCUGGGAGCUGAGGACUUCUGUUGGGGGCAGAAGCUGCUAUUUCUGAAGUGCCUAGUAUGCUUUGUUGGUUAUAGGGUUGGCACCAAUCCCCAAACUUCCAGUGCCUGCUGCUCUUGGAAAACUGCUGUGAAGAGAGAGGAAAUCGGGUGUGUGUGUGUGGGUGUGUGUGUGUAUGUGUGCAAGAAGCAUAAAUCUGUGUACAGACUUCAGUUUAAAAGCUUGGACCCUUUCAGGGUCGAGGGCAGAGUGGCUCUGGAAGGCUCUGGUGAGGCCAUGCCCGGCUCAGGGCACAGCUCAGGUCCUCUCGAGCACAGCUCCAGGAGACCUGCCUCCUUGGGCUGGAAAGGAUGAAACCGCUGCCCACAGCCUGCUGGCAAUCUGACUGCACGCUUCUCCCUGUCACGGGCAUCAGCCUCUGUGUCCCCGGGGCUGGUCAGAUUCCUCCAUGGCUUUUCAUGACCUGUCUCAUAUCAUUUCUUCCAUCUCUUUGUUUUUCCCACAGCCUAUCAUGGCCUAUGCAAUAAGCCCAACAUCUUGAUUUAUUUUUUUGUGUGCUCACUCUGAUAAUACAAGUUGCAAUAAAAAGGAAUUGUUUGUCUUA